AGAAGAUGAAUACUCCUGGAAUGGCAGAUGGGGUCACCACGGAUUAUGACUAUGAAAACCUAUCAGCACCAAUCUAUAAUCCUCAUGUCAACAUAUUUUCUUCCUAUUUUAUGCCACCACUUUACUCUUUGGUGUUCAUAUUUGGCCUCCUGGGAAAUGCACUGGUUGUGCUGAUUCUCAUCAAAUACAAGAAACUAAAAAACAUGAGCGAUAUCUACUUGCUGAAUCUGGCUAUCUCUGACUUGAUUUUCAUUAUUUCACUCCCAUUUUGGAUUUAUUAUGCAACAAAUGAGUGGGUAUUUGGUAAUGCAAUGUGCAAAAUCCUCUCUGGAGUUUUCAGUGCCGGCUUCUACAGUGGAAGUUUCUUCAUCACCCUUUUGACAGUUGAUCGGUACCUGGCAAUUGUUCAUGCCGUAUUUGCAUUGAGAGCCAGAACAGUUUUCUAUGGGACCUUCUCAAGUGCUAUCACUUGGGUGGUAGCAACAUUAGCUUCUGUGCCUGCAUUGAUAUUUUCCCAUGUUCAAAAGGAAGUAGAGAGUUGUAAAUGCAACGUUUUCUAUCCCCCUGGAAAAGAAGAAGAAUGGAAGCAAGUUAUCAAUUUAAUGAUGUUCAUCUUGGGCUUAGCCAUUCCAUUUGCCAUAAUGAUAUUCUGCUACAGUCAGAUUAUAUGGGUUUUGAUGAAGGGUCACAAUGAAAGAAAGCGGAAGGCUGUCAGGCUAAUCUUUGCCAUAAUGAUUGUUUACUUCAUCUUUUGGAUGCCAUAUACCAUCACCAGUUUAAUACAUACCUAUCAAAGUGCAUUUUUCUCAUGUGGCUUGGGUGUUGAUUGUGAUGGCAACUUCAGACUAGCCCUUGAAGUGACAGAAGUCAUUGCUAUGAUUCAUUGUUGCCUCAACCCUCUGAUUUAUGCCUUUGUGGGAGAAAACUUUAGGAAAUAUAUCUCGGUCUUCUUCCGAAAGCAUGUUGCAGUUUAUUUAUGCUGGCUCUGUCCAAGUCAACCCAAAUUAGAACAGUCUUCUUCCUCCUCCAGAAGCACAACAGAACACAACAUUCUUUUUAGUUUGUAAAGUGCUGUUCAACUCUGUCUAUUUUUGAGCCUUCUCUUGCUGUAUGGUGUAACUAAGAUCAGCAGACUUCUCAGAAGAAGUAGGGGACAAUGUGUUGUGCUUGGUGAACAUAUAGACUUUGGGAAGAAAGGCCCUUUAAUGGUAUUUCCUACCUGUAAAGGGAAUUACUCACAUAAAAAUGUGUGGUUGCUGAUUUUACUCUCCAGGAUACUUGUCACGUUGCCAGGGCUCUGCCUUAUUAAGGUAGAGAUGAACCAAACAAAAACCCAGUUUGUAUAAACAGUUUAAUUAAAACAGCACUUACUGUCUGGCUGUUUCAAUAUUCCAAAAUAUAAAACAAAGAUAGCACUCAGCCCCAGAAUAUACAAAAACCGAUAGCAAAACACUGUUGCAGGUUCAAGAUAAUUCCAUAGUCAAAAGGUCCAAUCCAGUGGUCAAACACGGAGAAUUCAAUAAACAAAGUCCAGGGAUCAAGUGUCUACCAUAGUCAAAAGCCAGUCGAAAGAUUUAAGGUUCCAGGAUUCUAAGAAUUCAGGAGACAGGUCAGGAUACUAAAAAUCCAGAGACCUGGAGGAAAAUCAGCAGCAUCCACCACCAAAAUAUAACAAAUACUUUUCCCCCAUAGAUAACUUGAUAGAUAACUUGAUAGAUAACUUGAUAGAUCAGUCCCAAGGCUAGCUCCUUAUAUCCAGAAGCACCCAGCUGCAAUCUAUCUCUUGCAUACCUCCACCCUUAAUUGCUGUCACCCAUGAACUUUUACUUACAGAUUACUCAACCCAUUAGAACUAAUACCUACUUUAACCCUUCUGUGCUGGUACGGCUGUACCAAAAGCUCCAACUUCCUUUUCUUUCUUUGAGUGUUUGCAUGUAUUCCAAAGUUCCAUGCAUUUUGCAAUAAGGUGGCUUCCCUUGGUUUGCAAUUAUAGGGCCUAUGACCUAUCAAUCAUUGUUAAGUUUUGGUUCCACCCCUUUCCCUAGGGCUCUGGGAGGAGAGGGAGCCAUUUUAGGUCAGUCUUGCAUUGGAAAGCUUAGCUACAGGAUGUGGAUUAACUCCACCUGUAGAAAAGCUUCGUUUCUCACAGCAUC